CUGGAGAAUUGCUUUGUGUGAGACAUGGGCCAGAGUGCUGUACUUCCUCCCAGGAAGAAGGAUACAUAUGUUCUGGAACUUCAUGUAUGGUACAGAAAAUUCAUCAAAGAGUGUCCUAGUGGGUUGAUCACCCUUCACGAGUUCAGGCGACACUUUUGUGAUGGAACUGUGGGUCCCAAGUCUUCUGAAUAUGCUGAGCAGAUCUUCAGGACUCUGGAUGAUAACAGGGAUGGAACCGUCGAUUACCAUGAAUAUGUAUCUGCUGUCAGCCUUCUGGUACAGGGCAGUCCGGAAGAAAAGCUGAAGUGGUCAUUUAAACUUUAUGACAAGGAUAAGGACGGAGCAAUUACUCGUUUAGAGAUGCUGGAAAUUAUGCAGACAAUAUAUAAAAUGGGCUUGGCUGCUUCACUGACUAAAGUUGACCCCAAAACUGCUGAAGAAUGUACCAACAGAAUUUUCGUUCAGCUGGACAAAGACAGAGAUGCUGUUAUCAGCCAGCAGGAAUUUAUUGAAGGAGCUCUGGGAGAUCAGUGGAUCCGCGCAAUGCUGGAAUGUGAUCCCAAUACAGUAGACGUUCCAAGGUGUCCUUAGCUGUCUCAUUCUGCUAAUGAGCAUUUUAUAUUGAGAAUUCAACAAAAUUGAUCUGAAAUAAAGGGCUCAAUAGAUUCGCACUACAGCCAGACCCAAUCACUUGGGGAGAACCGCUGUGAAGAACGCAAAAUUAAAAGGGGGUUUGCAGACCCCAGCCUCGGCUGCAUUUCUUGCGUUCCCACACCUCUGCCCUCACAUCCCCUACCCCCAACAAAAACAAAGACAGAAAUCUCCCUUGUCCUUGCGUAUCCCCCACUAUCCUCCAUAUCCGACUUAUCAUUCUCUGUCACUUCCACCACCUACAAACCAACGCCACAACCAGAGAUAUUUCCAUCCCCACCCAUAUCUACCUUUUGUAGGGGCUGCUCUCUCCACGUAUCCCUCGUCCGCUCCAUAAU